UCCUGCCAGCAGAACAAGGGUAGAAGCCGCUGCCUCCACCUAGCACGACGCCUAAGAGACCCUCGGCACAUUUUGCAUGCCCCAGGAAAUUUCUCCAGCCCGGGUCUCAAUUGAACUGAACUCUUGAUACACCCAGCUCCGAGUCCACCUCUGCCUAACCCCCUAGGGGCUAGUGCUCCGUAUGUUCUGGACCCCAGAACCCUCCGAAAAGAACGAAGCAAGUCCCGUUCCUCAGGGGCAGCUUCCUCUGGCUUUAGCUGAGCAGGCUUUGCAGUAAGUCCCAUUUGCCCCUCUCUGGCCAGUCCGCUCUUUUGGCGCCCCUGGUGUAUCUGCCUGUUUCCCAGCUGUCCCGUUACGCUUCUGCAGGGGUCUUUUAAAAUCAAUUGCAGCUGCAGCAUUCGAGCCCUGAGACUAAGUGGAGAGGGGUUGUCAUGCCUCAAAGCACCUUCCUUCUGUGCACCCUGGGGCUGCUGGCGCUGCUUCGCCCCGGCCGGGCAGAGCCCCUGGCAUGCCCACCGCGCUGCGACGUCUCCAAAUGCCCCAGUCCCAGCUGCCCCGGAGGCUAUGUGCCCGACAGCUGUAACUGCUGCCUGGUGUGCGCCGCAGCCGAGGGCGAUGCGUGCGGCAGAAAGGACGACCCCCCGUGCGGAGACAGCUUGGAGUGUGGCCACCCGGCGGGCAAGCGCUUCGCCAAGGGAGUCUGCCAGUGCAAGCUGACUUACCAAGUGUGCGGCAGCGACGGGCGAACCUACGACAACGUGUGCCGGCUGAAGGCUGCCAGCCGCAAAGCCCUUCAGCAGGGGCUGCCCGCUGUCAUUCAGAUCCAGAAGGGCGCCUGUGAAUCGGGUCACCAACAGUUCACCAGCCCGAGGUACAAGUUUAACUUCAUUGCGGAUGUGGUGGAAAAGAUUGCCCCAGCCGUGGUUCACAUUGAACUUUUUCUGAGGCAUCCUCUCUUCGGUCGAAAUGUGCCCUUGUCCAGUGGAUCUGGAUUCAUCAUUUCGGAAUCUGGCUUAAUUGUGACCAAUGCCCACGUAGUGUCAAGCACCAAUGCCAUUUCGGGACGACAGCAGCUGAAGGUUCAGCUGCAGAGUGGAGACACCUAUGAGGCAACAAUCAAAGACAUUGACAAGAAGUCUGACAUUGCCACAAUCAAGAUCAAUCCCAAGAAAAAACUACCUGUGUUACUGCUGGGUCAUUCGGCAGACCUGAGGCCAGGAGAAUUUGUGGUAGCUAUCGGGAGCCCUUUUGCCUUACAAAACACAGUCACAACAGGAAUUGUCAGCACAGCCCAGCGAGACGGGAAGGAAUUGGGUCUUAAGGACUCUGACAUGGACUAUAUUCAGACAGAUGCCAUCAUCAAUUAUGGAAACUCAGGAGGACCUCUAGUUAAUCUGGAUGGAGAAGUCAUUGGAAUAAACACAUUAAAAGUUGCAGCUGGGAUCUCCUUUGCUAUUCCUUCAGAUCGUAUCACACGCUUCCUUACCGAGUCCUACGACAAGCAAAAUAAAGAUGUAAAAAAGCGCUUCAUUGGCAUACGGAUGCGGACCAUUACACCAGUUUUGGUGGAAGAACUGAAGGAUAACAAUUCUGAUUUUCCUGAUGUCAGCAGUGGGAUUUAUGUACAUGAGGUUGUCCCAAAUUCACCAUCUCAGAGAGGAGGAAUCAAAGAUGGAGACAUCAUUGUUAAGGUAAAUGGCCGUCCCUUGAAGGACUCCAGUGAACUUCAGGAAGCUGUGAUGAAAGAGUCACCCCUACUUCUUGAAGUUCGAAGAGGAAAUGAUGAUUUGCUCUUUAAUAUUGAGCCUGAAGUGGUCAUGUAGAGGAAGGAAUCUCUAUGUGCUAUUGUCAGCUUCUUGGAUUCUGGAAUGUUGGAUACCUCUUCUUCAAAUUAAUCCCGUUUCCUGUUGACUAACGACAAGGUGGCCUAACACAUGUGAGCCUGAGCCAUUUCUGUACAGGGACAACCCAUUCUCAUGUCACAGAAUUAAAACGAUGGACCAAAUUUUGUCUUUAGUGGAGCCCAAAAUACCUUCUAUUGGAGUUGCUCCAAAGAAUAACAACCAAAGGCAAAAUUGGACCCUGUGGUUCUGAAUUUUAGUGCUAGAGUAUUUUAAAAUUAUCUGUAGUAUUAGAAAAAAAAUAGAGAGUCACAAUAUUUUCCUCGUACAGAAGCUUCUGAGUGUCACCCGAGAAAGAACCAGUCUCCAGGAACCCUAUUGCUGGUGAGGAAGCCAUAUUCAAAAGGGAAGAUCCCAUCAGAUUGGUUAAGAUCCAAAUCUCUGUGCUGUAGCAUUAAUCUCUUUGGAUGGAAAGCUGUGCUUUUCAUGUCCUCUUGAAUGUGAAAUCAUAUUUGGAAACAGUUUCUCCACUUUGAGUUCAAUACAAGGCUGUCAGUGGAGAGAUUUGUGGCAGAAUCAUAGACUUGUAGAGCUGAUAGGGACCUUGGAGAUGACCUAGUAUGGUGGCCAAGGCCCAGAGAGGGGAUGACUUGGCCAAAGUCUCACAGCUAGUGGCAAUGUGGGGACCAGAACUUAGGUCACCUGACUCCUAAUUGAAUCCAUUUGCCACCAUGCAGUCUCACCCUUCUCAUGACCCUCAGAAGGAACAAAUGUGGUAAUUGGCUGCAACAGCUGACACCUAGGUCAUGCAGUGCUGGAAGAGAGUAAAUGAUUCUUAUAGAAUUAAUGCCAUAUAUGAAAAAAAAAAAAGAAAAAAACAUGCAGAUGAUGUGAAAAAAUAACAUGCCUUUUUUUUUUUACAUUUUGGGUAUAGAUUAGUUUUACAUUAUAUUGGCAGGCUUUACUGUAAAAUGAAUACUCAGUGUAGCUUGUACUGUAUGUUUCUACUGUAAGAAAAUAUUAAAGUUUACAAGCAAAUUGUUCUUA